UCAUUUGUUUAGAGUAACUAAGUAAAGAAUGCAUUUUGCAAGAAUAUCAUAUAAAACCAUGGAUCAUUACCACACACCAUCACAUUUUCAAAAGAAUUGCUUCGAUUCAAUUAAAGAUGAAGUUCGCUUUAUUAAUUGCAACCAUAUUUCUGGUUUCUUCAUCUUGGGGAAGUCCAUCUGAUAUCGACUUGCUACUACGAGAACGCCGUGAUGUAAACUUCAUCGGAAACACAAAGCUACUCGUUGAAGAAUUAAUCCAUAAUCUUCGUGGUGCUGGCCAACAAGCUUUGGAUGCUGUGAAAAUAUUCUCAGCGGGACUUCAAGAUCAAAGGAAACUUUUCGCUGAAAAACUAGUCAGUGAUUUGCAGAGAUUCCGUGAACGUGUUCACCUUGCCGUCAAAAGCGUCAGUGACAGAUUUGUAAAUGCUGGAUCAGAAGUUCGCAACUGUAUUGAUUCUCAUCUAAGUGAGCUCGAUAAUGUUUUCAAUAAUGCUGUUGAAAAAUCAAAACAAUGUGCAGGCGAUCGCGUCUCGGAAAUCGGAAAUAUGAUUGAUGAACUUAAGGAACUAUCGACGAAUAUGACAGAUUAUACACGUAACUCUGUGACUGAAUUGAAGGAAUGCACCGAAAGCAAUAAAGGUCUUUUAGCAACAGGUACUUGUCUUGGUGGUAUCGCUGUACGAACUGAAUUCAAAGGAGCAGUUUUCUUAUCCCAGAGUGGACUUUUGAUAUCUCGCAUCAAUUUAGGUAUCACAACAUUACCAGCUGCUUUAGAGGUAUGUGCAGGUACCAAGUUCGUUGAAGCUGGUGUCAAUUCAGCAAAGAUCGUCAUGGAAGUUGGAACUUGCUCUGCGUCUUCAGUUUUUACUUCAUUAUCUGGAAAUACCUCUUCUUGAAUAUAUGAAAAAUGAUUUGUAGAUUUUUACAUAAAUAUUGUUGGCAUUAAAAAAAUUAUAU